AUGCGACUCCCUUUGGAUUCAUAUGGAGUAGACUUGCAUGUUCAUCUAGAUGGUGCUAUUAGGCCAGAAACAUUAUUUGAGAUAUCGAAUGACCAAAAAUCCAAAGUCUCGUUUCAAAAUUUAGAAGAACUUAAAGGAAAGCUAAUGCCUAGAAAGCCCCACAGCCUGAAAGAUUUUCUGAAAGCUUUCGAGAUAAUCAUACCAUUAGUUGCCGGUAAAAAGGAGGUUUUGGCGCGUAUUUGUGAAGAGUUUGUUGAAGAUUGUGUAAAACGCGGUGGUUUAUGUUAUGUGGAAACAAGAUAUUGUCCAUUUCUAUUAACUGAUUCUAAAUGUAGCGCAGAGGAGGUAUUGAAAACAAUUUUGGAUGCACUAAACAGAGCCAGCAAAAAGCACGGGAUAGAAGUUCGUUCUAUUUUAUCAAUUAUGAGACAUAUGCCUGAGACAGCCAAAGAAACAUUAGACUUAGCCAAAAAUUAUCAACCACAUGGAGUUGUUGCAAUCGAUAUUGCAGGUGAUGAUUCAGUCUUGAAACUUCAACGCGUCCCUGAAGAAAUUGUUCAAACAUUUGAAAAUGCUAAAAAAGCUAAUAUUCAUCGUACUGUACAUGUUGGUGAAAACAGUUCAGCAAGUAGUGUCUAUGAGGCAGUGAAUAAUUUAUAUGCUGAACGUAUUGGCCAUGGAUAUCACAUCUUAGAUGAUGAAAAUGCAUAUAAGUCUCUACUUGAAACCGGUGUACACUUUGAAGUGUGUCCAUCGUCAAGUUUUGUAACUGGUUCCGUUGAUGGUCGAAAUCCAAACAAUCAUCCUGUACACCGUUUCAUUGCGGAUAAACUCAACUUCUCCAUUAAUACCGAUGAUCCAACACUGACAGAAAGAUGGGAUUUACAAGAAGCUAAAUAUUGUAUUGAAGAAUUAGGCAUAGCACCUAAUCAAUUGAAUAUUGCCAAUUACAAUGCAGCUAUGGCAGCGUUCGUUACCAGUGCUGAACGGGAACUUUUAAUAUCACAUAUAAAAAUUCGAUCAAGAAAUAGAAUAAUCAAAGUUUAA